GCGAAACUGGCGAAACCAGCGCCACUUGUGCUCGCUUAAUAGGCUGGAAGAAUGCUGCGCAAGUGACGCCCAAAUUACGCUAUGUUGUUACUGUACGUGGCAAACUACGAAUCGUCAAUGUGAUCCCCGCGUAUGGAUAACGUCUCUUGCGCUUCGUUGAGAUGUCCACGUUGUUUGAGAGCGUGACGUAAUGUUAAAUGAACAAAAUUUACUCUCCAGUCGUCCCUGAAGCACAGAUGUGAGACCAGCAAGAUGCGCUGCCUGAGGGGACGGUGGGGUUUUGCGCUGGUGCUCCUACUGCUGAGCAGUGCAGCCCAGUUGUCGGCAAGUGAUGCAGAUUCAGAGGAAGCACCCAAUGAAAAUAAAGGGGAAGAGGAAAAAACGCAGUCCACUUUACAGGCACCGCCUUCGUCAGUGACGUUGCCACCGCUACGGGAACGGGAAAGCAAAACCGGUUCGCAACCCGAUUCAUCGACCGACGAACACAGGCCACAGCCACGUUUCGAUUCCGUCACCAGAGACCCCCGUCGCGAUUCCGAGGUCACCGAGAAUGACCCGGCACCCUCUUCGUCGGCGACACCGCUGAAAGAGCCGGAAAACGAGAGGAAACGAUCGGAAUCGUCAACCGCCGAUUAUAAACAACGGUCACGUUUUGAACCGACCAGCAAGGAUGCCGUUCACGAUCCUUCCAAGGACAAUCCGACAGUUGAUGCGGUGGAAGAAGGCAGCAUGUCCAGCGCCGGUGGCGAUUUGACAAGUUCAUCCGCCGCUAUCGCGGAGCCUCCGUUGACGGAGGAAGAAAAGAAAGCAAACGCAUUCUAUGACGCGGCCAUGGGGAUUCUGAAUGCCACGAGACCCGACAAAAAGAGAGCAUACGAAAGUCUCGAACAGGCAGCCAAUCUUGGCCACGUGGAGGCCCAGGAGUUGGUUGGGAGGGCGUACCUUUUUGGAGAUGUCUUGCAGCAGAACAUUCACAGAGCCAAGGAACUGUUUGAAGCUUUGGCAGCGAAAGGUGUUCCGUCCGGACAAAUGUUCCUUGGCUUCCUCUAUUCGAUAGGCCUGGGCGUUGACUCGAGUCAAGCUAAGGCACUCGUGUACUAUACCUUCAGUGCACUUGGCGGGAACCCAUUCGCGCAAAUGGCUUUGGGAUAUCGCUACUGGUACGGAACGGGCGUUCUUACCAGCUGCGAAUCUGCCCUCACGUAUUAUCGUAAAGUGGCGAAAGUUGUCGAAGAAGACGUCAACAAAGGCGGAACGAGCGUGAUUCAGAGAGUUCGACUUCUCGACGAGCUGGAGAACCCGGGUUCCAGUUCGGGGCUUCUGGAUGACGACCUCAUUCAGUACUACCAGUUCUUAGCAGAUAAAGGUGACGUCCAGGCGCAGGUUGGACUGGGCCAACUGCAUUAUCAGGGUGGCCGUGGUGUCGAACAGGACCACUCGAGGGCGCUGAGCUAUUUCACUCAGGCGGCCAACACUGGCAACGCAAACGCUAUGGCGUUUUUGGGCAAGAUGUUCCUGGAGGGUGGCUCUGUGGUGCCCCAGAACAACGACACUGCGCUCAAGUAUUUCUCCAUGGCUGCGGACAAGGGCAAUGCAGUGGGGCAGAGCGGUCUGGGACUGAUGUACCUUCACGGGAAAGGAGUUUCUAAGGACUAUUCCAAGGCCUUCAAGUACUUCUCCCUUGCCGCCAACCAAGGCUGGGUGGAUGGGCAGCUUCAGCUGGGGAACAUGUUUUACGGUGGCAUGGGGGUUCCUCGUGACUACAAAAUGGCCAUCAAGUACUACACCUUGGCCUCGCAGUCGGGUCAUGUGUUGGCGUUCUACAAUUUGGCCCAGAUGCACGCCACGGGAACCGGGACGGUGCGCUCUUGCAACACUGCUGUGGAGUUGUUCAAGAACGUGGCGGAACGUGGUCGUUGGAGUGAGAAGCUGAUGCAGGCCUACACAGACUACAGGGAAGGACGUGUCAACGAGGCCUUCGUCAAGUAUGCUUUCCUUGCGGAGUUAGGCUAUGAAGUGGCGCAGAGUAACGCCGCCUUCAUCCUGGAUAGGGCAGAGACUAACCACUUCCCGAAGAAUGAAACGUUUGCCUGGGCUCUGCUCUACUGGAACAGGGCUGCAACCCAAGGAUACUCUGUGGCACGGGUAAAAUUGGGGGACUACCACUACUACGGUUAUGGCACCAACAUAGACUACGAAACGGCAGCCACGCACUAUCGCCUGGCCUCGGAGCAGCAACACAAUGCACAGGCCAUGUUCAACCUGGGAUACAUGCACGAGCAGGGACUGGGAAUGAAGAAAGAUAUCCACCUGGCCAAGAGGUACUACGACAUGGCUGCCGAGACAAGCGCCGAUGCUCAAGUUCCGGUGGCACUAGCGCUUGUCAAACUAGCACUUCUGUAUAGCUUUCAAUAUUUCAAAGAGCAGCAGCAGCAGUGGGACAAGGUGUUGCCAAAGGUGAGCCCCAGUCAAGUCCUGGGGCCCGACUGGGACCUCUACGUCAUGACCGUAAUGGCCAUACUCUUAGGCGUGCUCCUCUACUUUCGGCGUGUCUAGCGGCAGCCACCCUCGUGCAAUCCAGCUCCUCCGCAGCUGCAUCUCCUAGUCUACAUCAUCUCCAUUCUGCUUUACGACGAUCUGCCAGAGUACCAGACUCGAACGUCUCUCAGUGCGUGCUCACGUGUUCAAAUGCUGGUGACAGAGGCGUACUCCGAACUUAAAAGAGACUGCACAAGUAUAAAUAAAUUUGAGACUCGUACUUGUUUGCGCUUGAA